AAAUCGAUUAUUUCGAACUUAAUCAUAUUAAGCCUUUUCUCUAAUUUUCCCUCUCAAUCCUCUCCCUUGAGCCCUCCCUUCUGCUUCUAGCUGGCAACAGAAAAUCUUUUUCUGUCCCUCAUUAGACCCGAUUUCUAGAUUCAAAGGUUUGGCCUUUGCUGUUGAAAUCGCUUUCAAAACGUUUCCUUUUUCACUCUUUGUCAUUAAUUCGUCUUUUUGUUUUGGGCUCGAAAUUGAAGAAGGUAGUACCAAAAACCCUAGAAAAUGGGGAAAUCCUCGAAAAUGACCGAUGUGGAGAAACAGAUAUCUUAUAGCGACGAUCUGGUGGAGGUAUUAAAGGACAAAGGGGACAUUAACAACUUAACGCAGUGUUUCCAGCACUUGAACGAUCUCCAGUCGCAUUGCGACUCUGAUUCCAAAGAGGUUCAACGAUUGCUUCAAGAAUAUGAAGAAAAGAUGGAAGCUUGGAGGAAGAAAACAGAGCAGGCACAGUCUGAGGUUGCCGAUGGAGCUGAAAUGGAGUAUCUACAGAAGGAGUUGAAGGAGGAACUUGAGAAAGAACGUGGACUUAAGGAGGAGCUUAGGGCUAUUAGCAAUGAGAUAAAUGAGCUGGAGCGCCAGAGGGGCUCUAUCGAAGAGCGGAAGCAAAUGCUGAGGAAGUUUGAGCAAGACAUGCUCAAAGAAGAGAGGAAGCAUUCAAUGUAUGCUUCCAUAACUAAUAUAAUUCCAGACUUGGAAGACCAAUCUCGAAUCUCUGGCCAUAUAGUGGAUACUAAUAAAAAGGUGGUAGAGCAGUUUGAAUUUGACCCUGCAAAGAUGACUACUUUUGAUGCUUGUGAUAGCAUAUGGAAGCUGAUAAAUUCCGGAUAGGGGUUGGAUAUAUUUGUCUUGGCUGAGAUAUGUAAUCAAAUAUGUAAUUUUGUGUGUUUUUGACGCAUCUAUCCAAACAUUUUUCGUUCCUAAACUAGGAACUUUUGAUCUUGUUAUAUGAUAGAUGAUUUUGAUUCUUAAAGGGCCGUCCUGACUGAUGUGACGUGUGUAAAAGGUUGGACCCUGCCAAUGCAGCCGUUCCCUUGUCGAAGAAAUGCAGUGGUUUAGAGAAAGAUGCUUCUUUGUUAUUAAUGAAUCAAAUUUCUUUCUCUUAAAAUGCCGUUUAGAUUUAGUGGCAACAUGGAACCGGCAGAUGAAACUCAUUUAUGGAAUCUCCAUUUUUUUCUUCAACUUUAAACUUGGCAAGAUUAUCAAAUGAGGGGACAAUAAUUGCAUUUUAUGCCAAGUGUGGAAUGAAAAUGACGACAUAUAUCUGCAAAGCAAGAGUUAAUCAUUCAUAAUGACCGUAAGGGC